AUGGCAGCUGAUGCCUGCGGUUCCCAUCGUGCGACCGGCAAUAGCUCGACCACCAAACCGCAUAAAGAGCACCUGCGGAAAAGUAAGGAUUCGCGCCGGAGACAGGCAGCCCUUCUCUUUCUCAACAAUAUCUCCCUUGACGGACGGCCCACGUAUAACCUGGGCAAUGGCAGCGCCGUUCAAAGAGGGGCCACGUUUAACGGUCUGGACGCCGGGGCGCCGGUGUUCGGAGAACCACUGCCGUCGACGAGCAGUUACGGAACCUUCACCCGCCUGUCAACGUCCGUGAGCGGUAGCGCCACUACUCCUGCGCCGAGGACCGGGAUUGGCGGUGGUCCUCCUGUCCUACUCCUCCCCACGGUCUCUGGCUUGACUACUAGCGGGGUCAGCGAACGGUUCCUGGAGGGGGUAUUGCCUGACUCGCUGGCGUCCCAAACUAGUCUACUCUCCCCGACUGCAGCUCCCCAGCAUGUCCCGCUGUUAACAACCUGUAAAUCCCCGACACUGCUCUCGGUGCAGAGCUGUAAUUCUGUGAAUCUGGAGUCCCGACAGAGGGUGCAUAGUCAUUCGGGCUCUCCUGUGCCGAGGACCGGGAACAAGGUCCACUUCAUCAAGAACAUGAGGCAGUACGACACGCGGGGCAGCAGGAUCGUGCUGAUCUGUGCCAAGCGGUCCCUGUGUGCCGCCUUCUCCAUCCUGCCCUACGGGGAGAGCUUUGAGCUCAGUGAGCUGGAGAAUCAGAAGCAGAGACACCCUUCUGGAGGGGCCACAGCCACCCUGGACAUGGCCCCUGGGUUGGAGGGGGUGGAGCUGGGAGCAUAUGGCAAGACGGUGUCAUACGCUGCGUUCCUGUUCCCUACCAACGCCCUGGUGAAGCAGAAGAACGUUCCGGUGGAAAUGAGCGUGGGAGCGACCCCUGCCGCGCGCUCCGUCCAGAGGAACUACACCGCCUCCCGCCUGAGCAGCACCAUGGGCCCUGACACGGGUGCUGACGACCUGUCGGACUACGACCCCAACAUGCUGAGUGACCCUCAGUGGCCCUGUGGGAAACACAAGAGAGUGCUGAUCUUCGCCUCCUACAUGACCACCGUGAUCGAGUACGUCAAGCCGUCUGAUCUGAAGAAGGACAUGAACGAGACCUUCAGGGAGAAGUUUCCCCACAUCAAACUGACACUGAGCAAAAUCAGGAGUCUGAAGCGGGAGAUGCGGGCGGUGAGCGAGGACUGCGGCCUGCAGCCCGUCACCGUGGCGAUGGCGUACGUGUACUUUGAGAAGCUGGUGCUGCAGGGCCGGCUCAACAAGCAGAACCGCAAGCUGGUGGCCGCCGCCUGCGUGGUGCUGGCUGCCAAGAUCAGCAGCGACCUCCGCAGGCAGGAGGUCAAACAGCUCAUCGACAAAAUGGAGGAGCGUUUCCGGAUCAGCCGGCGGGAGCUGAUCCCGCUGGAGUUCACCGUGCUGGUUGCCCUGGAGAUGGCGCUCUACUUGCCGGAGAGCAAGGUCAUGCCACACUACCGCCGUCUGGCGCAGCAGCCCUGACCCCGCGCCUGGGAGAACGCCACUCAGAAACUCCCCUGAACCCUGCUCUCUCUGUCCACCGACUGCCCUGCCCUGGGCCAUGCAUACACAACCACAUCAGCUAGAUGAUGAUGAUGAUGAUGAUGGAUCUUUCUCAGAUGCUCAGCAAUGGGAAAGCAGGUUACCAGGACUGCCCUCAGGGGCGAGGCCAUCUUGCAUCAGCGGUACACUGUACUUUUUGGAUUGGCGUUUGAUUUCGGUCUGCGAUUGACGGCUCUUUCGCCCAUCGAGCCUGCGGUGCGGAGGGGAGCGCCGGAGAGCUUUGCAGACGCAGCCUGCCAGCGCCGCACGAGCACACGGUCACACGGUCACACCUCUCCGUCGGUCACACCUCUCCGUCUUCCAGUCUCCGCGCGCACGCUCCCACCUCAGCGCAAAGACCCCGCGCAGAUCUGCUCCUUUCUCUGUCCAAGCCCGCCGUUCUUCCUCGUUCCAUCCAUUUCCGCGUUCCUCAGUGUGAUCUGCAGCUUUUUCAGAAGACUAAGCCCUAUGUUCCACCCCACACCCCUUCGAAAAAAAAAAAAAAAAAAAAAAGGGUCAAUAUUUAUUUUGUGCUUGUAGGUAAGGUCACCUUACUCUCCCUAUGGCCGAACCACAAGGUGACCUGGAUUUUCCUCUUCCUCUUCUGAAUGAUGCCGGAGGGGGUUUCUCAGCUUUUAAAGUCUGUGAAUGUUGUUUGAACCAUUAACCAAGAAGCAUUGCAGUCUUUUAUUAACUUAUUCUUGGGCAGAGAAGAGAUCUGAAACCCAAAAGCCAUAGCCACACGUUAUACCCCCUGUCACGAUUUGUGGUAUUUAUUUUAAAACUAGCUAUUCAUUUAUGACUGAGUUGUUUCACUGUGGUUUUUAUACCUAAUUAUAGCAAGAUUAUUUCAGCCUAUUUUUUGGUACAUUUUGGAUCAGGUGAGCAGAAGGCACUGGUCAUGAGAAAUAUGAACGAUUCUGUAUCGCUCGAGUUAGCAGUGUGUGUGUGGUUUGAAUUUAAUUUUAUAUGCAUAGAUUGCUCUUCCAGAUUACCUGAUCUUUAUGGGUGUUAUUGUUAUGUAGUUAAAAGAAAAAAAAGAAAGAAAAAAAAAAAAAAGCAUUCCGGUGCUUGCUCAGACCCGCUCUCUAUGUUAGAGAGAAAAUGAAUCGGCACGUUCCUGGUGCUGCCAUGUCAACUUUCCUGUCCAUCGCCCGGUCCAGCUUCACCUGGAGAACAGCGUGCCAUUCCCACACCGUCGCUGUCCCAAGCCUUACGUUUCUACACUUCCUUUAAAAGUUUUAAGUUCAAGUGGGACAUGGUGUUUGUGUUGUUGCAAGUGUGCUCAUUUUACAGUGAUUAAAUAUCGUGGUCCCAGUUUGUCGUUCAGGAGCGCACGCAUCGACACGCCCGUGUCUGGGUACGGCUCCGGCGUCCGGUCAGACGGGGUCGCACGACGGGGUGCUGCUGUGUGGAUCUGGGCGUGAGGCGUGCCUGCAGCACACUGUAAUUACAGUGCGGAGGGCAGCGGAUGCCGGUAUGACUGCCUCCAUUUCCCCAGCCCCGGUCACGUGCUGUGCUCCCCGUGUGUGUGUGACUUACCGCUCCGGGGCCUUCACGCCCUCCACUGUCGUGUGCGGUCUUGUGUCAGAUUUCUCCUCUGACUCACUCGCAGAGUGAGAUUUUUUUGGUCAUGUGUUUUCCUGUUGACAAAUUGUGAGUGUUAUAAAUCCUUAGAAACGAGAUGCGGUGUUUUUUUUUUGCACUUGUGUAUCUGUGCAGUCUCGGAUAGGUCUUCCUGUGACCACUGUGUACACUCUGUGUAGUGUGGAUGAAACACACUGUCACUGUGUUUGUAAAGUACAAAGGGUAAAGGAGCCCUGUAUUCAUACUAUAAAGCCAUCUGUAGUCAUCUAUAGAUGUCAUCUGUAGACACGGUGUCAUCGGUAGUUGUGCUAAAAGCGUAAAACUGUGGCAUUUUGUACAUCCUCCUUCACUGCCGCAUCAGACGGUGACACCAGCAAUAGCAAAAUCCUAUCAGUACAGAGAAACUGUGUGCAAUGCGCUUAUUUUAAUGCAAGCUGUCGUCUUUUGAAAAAAAUUUUUGUUCUCAGGAAAUAUCUAGCCUACAUAUUAAAUUGAAAAACUGUAGUUAUGAAAAGCUUCAUGUGUUUUUGUCCUGGUUUUUCCUCUCGGCUGUGUUGUUGCUGGAGGAGUGGUUCCCUUUGUGUUCCUGUUUGCGGUGCGGUCUUCAGGCUGUUCAGCCUGUUCUUGCGCGGGUCUCGGUGAAAUUGGCAGGAUCUGCCGUAGCUCUCGGCAGGGGUUCCCAAACUGUCGGCUGGGACCCCCCCGGGGGGUAGAGGAGUCGUGACUCGAGGGGGGGUUGAAGUCACGACAUUGCACACUUUCCAUGGACGUUGAUACUAGUCAAAGCACUCGUAUCUGUUUUUACAUGCUAAGAAAAUGUUUUUUUUUUACAUAUUUCAACUUCAUCUGCAUUUCAGUAAUGGGUGAGGCCGUGGGAGAUUUGUUUGCCCAUAAAUCCGGGUUGAGAAAGUUUGGGAACCCCAGCCCUGUCCCGCUGCUCCCCGCCCACGUGUCCCGGUGGGAGUGUUGGAAUGCUGUUAUCAUGAUCGCUCCCUCCUACAGCACCGUACCUGUGCACCUGGGGUUUCCAGGACAACCACAGCCACACGCCAAUGAAGCUUGGGCCUUCACUGAGUAAAGUCACACCCUGUGGGGACAGUGAGAGACACAGAGAGGCCAGUGGUGACCAUGCAUGCUGGGAAAGACCCCUCAAUUUCUUUUUUUUUUUUUUUUUUUUAAAGAUAUUUUUUUAGGCCUUUUUCAGCUUUAUUGGACAGUAUAUAGAGACGGGAAGAAUGGGGGCGAGAGAGAGGGAAAGACAUGCGACAAAUUGUCAGACGGUCGGAUUCGAACCGUUGACGUCGCGGCUCACAAUGAGCAUGCGGUCAGUGCUCUGCAGGCUGCGCCACCGAGACACCCCUGACCCCCUCAAUUUCUGAGAACCAUUACAUAUAUUGCAGGGUGCAGGCCCUGGGACUGCCGAUGGUCCCGGCGGCCAUCUUGCUUUCGGUGUCCACUGUGAUUUCCCUUCAACGAAAGCGUUUACUGCUCCAGGUCUGUGGCGGAGCGGGGGGGAAAGUGAUGCUCAGCUCCUGUGGCCCCUUCCAUCCCUUCUGCUCUGUCACCGCAGAAUCUCCUGCUGCUGUGUUAACAGUACGGCGUUACCAUGGCAGUGUUCUUCCCAGUUAUGCCCUUCCACAAUAAGAGCCCCAAAACCCUCAAUGUUUUGGCUUAGUUUUGUGGGGAGACUCAUCUUUUUUUUUUUUUUUUAUCUGGUGGGUGUGUGGAUUCUGUGGGGAAAGAUAACUCUGGGCCCCCACUGUGGGCAUCCUGCAGGAAGGGUAGGACUGCAGGCAGCUCUCUUCCACUCAUAGCACAGCAGCAAUAUACUCGCAGUAGGAGAGCACAGAAUGUGAAGUAGAACAGCAAUAAUUAUGCCAUGUCACUCAAAGCACUUGGUGGAGAGGUCAAACAAGAUCGUUAUAUGGACGAAAACUGGUACGGAUUCCUGUUUUGUUUUUUUGUUUUUUUUUGUUUUUUUUUUGUGUGUGUGCGCCUUGAAGCCAGAUUUCUCCUAUUUAUUUGACUCUUCUGUCUUUGCUCAUGUUUUUUACAUGAAUUGUAAUGACACCUUCCGUUUCUGUUAGGCCCAGUGAGUGCAAUAUGUGAUUUUGUAGAAUGCAGUUAUUUGACAUUUGUUAAUGUACUGAUGUGGACGAAGAUCUGUUUGUAAUGGUCUGUUUUUUUCUGAAAUGAGAAGACUAAUGUUCUAUUCAAAUGUAUUUUCUGACUGUCAGCUA